AUGGCGAACGCGAACCCAGGCAACGUCAUUCGGAGGAAACUGGUCAUCAUCGGUGACGGAGCUUGCGGCAAGACCUCUUUGCUGAGUGUCUUCACGCUAGGGUACUUCCCAACACACUAUAUCCCCACAGUUUUUGAGAACUAUGUUACGGAUUGCAGAGUGGACGGCAAGUCCGUACAACUGGCAUUAUGGGACACAGCAGGACAAGAGGACUACGAGCGACUGAGACCGCUGGCAUACUCCAAGGCACAUGUGAUUCUGAUAGGAUUCUCGAUCGACUCGCCAGACUCGCUUGAUAACGUGAAGCACAAGUGGAUAGAAGAGGCGACGGAGCGCUGCCCGGGCGUGCCCAUCAUCCUCGUGGGAUUGAAGAAGGAUCUGAGAGACGACCCCGUCGCCAUCGAAGAGAUGCGGAAGAAGAGCCUGAAGUUCGUCACGCUGCGCGAGGGCGAGGCCGUGGCGCACGACGUCGGGGCCCGCAAGUACCUCGAGUGCAGCAGUCUGAGCGGUGAGGGCGUCGACGACGUAUUCGAGGCGGCAACCCGGGCCGCACUGCUCACGUUCGAGAAGGGCGAGGGCGCUGGGUGUUGCGUCAUCUUAUAA